AGAUUCUAUAGUCGAUGGACGAUACAUCACAUUGAGCAUACAUACUCAUAAUCUAUUUAUAUCGUCAUAAGUUAUUAAACAUGCUCACAAGACAAGUUUAUUCUCUCUCGCGUCGCGCUUAUUGUUCAGCUUCAAUCAACCUUGGCAAUGAUAUUCAAAAUACAAAGCCGUACGCAGAAAUGCCAACACUUAGCUUUUUCAAAAUGGUUAAGGAAAACUUACCGGGCGGAAAAUAUUACAAAAAGUCAAUUAAAGAAAUUACAAAAAUGUUCUAUGACGAGUACGGUGACACAAUUAGAAUUCCACCAAUGUUAGGAAAGCCGGAAGUUGUGAUCACAUACAAUGCUGAGAAUUUUGAGAAGGUUUUCAGAGUUGAAGGAACUUGGCCUGUGAGAUUAGGCAUUGACAGUCUGACAUAUUAUAGAGAAACAAAGCGUCCAGAAAUCUACAAAGAUCUUGGAAGUCUUUUUGCAUCAAAUGGAGAGAAAUGGUCAUAUAUGCGAACGAUUGCUAAUCCAAUUCUGAUGCAGCCAAAGACAGUCAAGAAGUACACAACCCAGAUCGAUGAGAUUGCUAAAGAGUUCAUUGAGGUAAUGAAAAAGAUAAGGAACGACAAAAGUGAAAUGCCAGGCGACUUCUCCAAUUACAUCAACACAUGGUCACUAGAGUCAGUCACUGCUGUCGGACUUGAACGAAGACUUAAUCUAUUCGAUGAGAACACAAAAGAUGAGAAUGCUGAAAAAUUAAUCAAAGGAAUCAGAAACUUCUUCGAGAUGACUGCUGAAUAUGAUGGAAAGGCUUCAAUUUGGAAGUAUUAUCAGACUAAAGGAUUUAAAGAGCUCCUGAAUGUUUAUGAUACAUUGACUGACAUAAUCAUGCACUACAUAGACCAAGCUAUAAAGGAAAUGAAUGAGAAUGAUUCAUCAAAUGAUGCUGAAGACAGCAUUUUAAGGAAGUUACUUCGAGUGGAUAAAAGAGUUGCAGUCAUCGUUGUUUCAGACUUAAUGUUGGCUGGUGUUGAUACAACGGCAAGUGCAACACUCAACACACUUUACUGUCUAGCCAAAAAUCCAGAAAAGCAGGAAAUUCUCAGACAAGAAGUGAUCAACAUUCUUCCUGACAAAAAUUCAAAAUUGACUCCUGAAAAAGCUAGAAACAUGCCUUAUUUGAGAGCUGUGGUUAAAGAGUCCUUCCGUCUAUUCCCAGUUGUGUUAGGAAAUGUCAGAAUGACCACAAAAGAUAUUGUUAUAUCAGGAUAUCAGGUUCCUGCAAAUACUCAUGUAGCAAUGCAGCCUGUUUUUGAUUUAACAAGUGAAAAGCUGUUCCCAAAUGGCACACAAUUCUUGCCAGAAAGAUGGUUGAGAGAACAAACUGAAGGCUGUCCUAGAGCUGGUGCUACAAAUCCAUUUACGUUUCUUCCUUUCGGAUUUGGUGCUAGAAGCUGCGUAGGCAAACGAAUUGCUGAGCUAGAACUGGAAACUUUAGUAGCCAACAUAAUACGGAACUUUAAGAUUGAGUGGCACUAUCCAGACAUGAAAGUUAAGAGCACUUUCGUCAACAUUCCGGAUUCAGAAAUGAGGUUUAAAAUUAUUGAUGUCUAAAGAUGAGUUGUUGUGGGCAAAUUUUGUUAUUUUGGUGAAUGAAUAAAGAAUAUUUUUACAUCACAGAAUAUUUAAAUUUUUAUUGGUUUACAAAAUUAAU